AUGUCAGCCAGAAAGGGCUAUCUGCUCCCUUCGCCAAAUUAUCCCACAACAAUGUCAUGCUCGGAGAGCCCCGCCGCGAACUCUUUUUUGGUGGACUCGCUCAUCAGCUCGGGCAGAGGCGAAGCGGGAGGUGGUGGCGGUGGCGCUGGGGGCGGCGGCGGCAGUGGUUACUACGCCCACGGCGGGGUCUACCUGCCGCCCGCUACCGACCUGCCCUACGGGUUGCAGAGCUGCGGGCUCUUCCCCGCACUGGGCGGCAAGCGCAAUGAGCCGGCUUCGCCUGGCGGUGGUGGCGGUAGUGGGGGCCUGGGCCCCGGAGCGCACGGUUAUGCGCCGGCGCCCAUAGACCUGUGGCUAGACGCACCCCGGUCCUGCCGUAUGGAGCCGCCUGAGGGGCCGCCGUCGCAGCAGCAGCAGCCGCCUCAGCAACAGCAGCCGCCCCCGCCACAACCACCCCAGGCCCCACCACAGGCCACCUCGUGCUCUUUCGCCCAGAACAUCAAAGAAGAGAGUUCCUACUGCCUCUACGACUCGGCGGACAAAUGCCCCAAAAGCUCGGCGGCCGCCACCGAUCUGGCCCCCUUCCCGCGGGGCCCGCCACCCGACGGCUGCGCCCUGGGAGCCUCCAGCGGAGUGCCAGUGCCCGGCUACUUCCGCCUCUCUCAGGCCUACGGCACGGCCAAGGGCUUCGGCAGCGGCGGCAGCGGCAGCGGCGGCGUGCAGCAGCUCGGCGGCAGCCCAUUCCCCGCGCAGCCCCCGGGGCGCGGCUUCGACCCGCCACCGGCACUCGCCUCUGGCUCUGCGGAUGCCGCCCGGAAGGAGCGAGCCCUAGAUUCUCCGCCGCCCCCAACGCUGGUUUGCGGCGGCGGCGGUGGGGGCUCGCAGGGCGACGAGGAGGCGCACGCGUCAUCCUCGGCGGCGGAGGAGCUCUCCCCGGCCCCUUCCGAGAGCAGCAAAGCCUCGCCAGAGAAGGACUCCCUGGGCAAUUCCAAAGGCGAAAACGCAGCCAACUGGCUCACUGCAAAGAGCGGCCGGAAGAAGCGCUGCCCGUACACCAAGCACCAGACGCUGGAGCUGGAGAAGGAGUUUCUCUUCAACAUGUACCUUACUCGAGAGCGGCGCCUAGAGAUCAGCCGCAGCGUCCACCUCACGGACAGACAAGUGAAAAUCUGGUUUCAGAACCGCAGGAUGAAACUGAAGAAAAUGAACCGAGAAAAUCGGAUCCGGGAGCUCACAGCCAACUUUAAUUUUUCCUGAUGAAGCUCCAGGCGACGCCGUUUUGUUCGCUUCCAGAGCGCCCGUCCCCUCCCUCUGUCUUCAGCCUCCUCCCCAGAACUCGCACCUGUGCCGGAGCCCCAUUCUUCCCUCCCACACACGCCAUCUCCAGGGCCGUUACAUCUGUGCAGGGCUGGUUUGUUCUGACUUUUUGUUUCUUUGUUUGCUUGGUGCUGGUUUACUUGUUUUCUGGGGGAAAAAGCCAUAUCGCGCUAAAUUCUAUCGAGAUAGAUAUUGUCCUAAGUGUCAAGUCCUGACUGGGCUUGGUUUGCUGUCUAGGGGUCUCAAUGCUUGAAAUAGCCCCUAUCCUCCUUCCAGCUGGUUUCCUGCCCACCUCGGACAAACCUAGCCAGAAGACCGAGGUCCCAUUGUCGGCGCUGAGGUGUCUGGCCUGAGGUCAAUGGUGCAAGGAGCCGCCACUGGCUACCCUGCCUGGAGUGCUGGGCUGUGUUUAAUCAGGGGAUACAGGCCCCUGAGUUUCUCUUUUCUUCUUCCUUUCUUCCUUGGCCAAGAGAAGGGCAUACAGGCAUAGACAUGCAGGUUGGCAAUAGGGCUUGGCUUUGGCUGAUUGAAAAAGCAGAAAGAGAAUGAUUAAUUUUUCCUUCCUCUGUAAGAUAUCCCAACUUUAAAAGAAAAAAAAAAAAAAAAAAAAAAAGAAUGACCAAGAGAAGGAAA